AUGAUAAAGAGAGGCGAUUCCCCAAGUUGGCAGUCUGCUAAACAUGAUCGUGGAAGACAAUUCAUCCGCAAAUUGGCACACUGUUUCUGUGUUAGAUUCGAUUCCAUUUCGGCUGAAAGCGAUGGCGUUGGCGCUGCUGAACUUUCAAGGCAUCUGCAAGACGAUUUGGCAAUUAAUUCUGAGAGGUCUGGAUCAGCAGUGCUGAAGGGCGACGCUUCUGGCGUAUUUGAAAGAAGCGCACCAGAGAAAAUUAAGUCUGCUUCCACUGAUACACCACAUGACUCGGUGCCCAAGGAUCAUCCGGCAGCAUGCAUUGUACCGGCCCCAGAACUGACGGUUCACGAGACUCAGAAUAAUAACCAGUUUCAAUCACAUGAAUUAAAAAAAAUGCUUUCCCCUAAUUUUGCACAGAGCAAUGACACUGCUGUGUCCAUAAGUGGAGAUGAGAACAAAUACUGUGGACAAGCAAAUGUGAGAAACAAUGUGCCUCUGAGGCAAUGCAGUGCACGUGACGGUGAAGGUAACCUUGACCCCGUUCUGUUUGCUGCGGAAGAUGUAGCCUUGGCCUCAAGGUUAUUGUCAAGUGUACUAAAUUUGCUUAAACAACAGGUCGGUUGCAACAUAGAACGAGAUGAACAGGCGAGUACGGCUGCUCACUACAUCCAAAGUUCAUCCAUGGAAGACCUAAUCCACCGUUUGCCUGUGGAAAAAAUCCCAAAACUAAAUCAUUUAUGUGCCACUGAUACGCUCCCGCUUCAAGAGGGCUCGUUACACGAUCUUCCAUCGUUUGAUAAUGAACGUCAGAUCCCAUCCGUAUCAGUGGUAAUUGAAGAGAAUGAGUUCCAUUACGCAUCGAAGGAUAUACGGAUUUACGUAGAGGACAGCGAUCCCAUAGAACCAGUAAUCCCACUUACCAGGAACAGUUGCACGGAAGACGAACUGGAUAUCUUGAACCAUCUGGCUCCGAUCGUGAGGGACAAUUCUCUAAAAUCUCAAUGCCCCAUCACUUGGGACAAAUCACGUCAUCCAUCAGCUUAUACAUCAACCGUUAGAGUGGCAAAGCAGCUUUAUACGACCUUACCGACAGAUAGUCAUUCGGCUUGGCAAACCAUAGUAACAACGACCUUCCAACCCUUUUCGACCGAAGAAACCCAGGUGACUGAAGUGGAUGAUGCAUUGCCCACAGAUGAAAGUGAUCCAUCUGAGUUGCUAGGCAUAGAUAGCAUAAGGAAUCAUAGCGAAAAAAUAUCAGCGAUGCAUGGGUUUAUGAAUUUGCGUCAAUACCACACUCAGACUGAUCAAGGUGCAAGCCCCACUGCUACGCCAAUGGCCACGGUAGGAGCAAGUACCGUAUCAUGGGAUGGGCUAGCUAAGUCAAAUGACUCCAACGCAGGGCUGCGUUACUUUCAAGCCAAUACUGAAAGACCAUCAACGAGAAGUGAUAAGGAUUUUGCCUUCAAACACCAAGUUGAUGAAAACAAGCGAGUUGUUUCGACCGCAAUGCUACCUCCAGAGACACCGAACGCCGAAAAGAGACGCGAGGAAUAUGCAACCCGGCACCCCGUUGUUCUGGAUGCAGAUGAUUUGUCUUUCGAGGUCCUCUGUCAAUACAGCAACCAUAACGGGAUGCUGACAGGUGUAAUGACUGAACUCGGUCAACGGAAAGCUCACUGCCCUCAGCCAUCCGUAGAAGAGAGGCGCAACCCGAGAAACUUAAAAGCGCCCUACCACCAAAUGUAUUUUAAGGAGGGAUUUGAGUCAGGUCUGGACACCUCAUACAAUUCAAACCGCAGAGAACGGGUAGAAGCUAUUAAAUCAAAGCCUCAACGAGUUUCUUCCUGUCCGUUACGAGUAGGGCGACAUAGUUUACUCAGUUCCAAAAGCAACAAACCCAAAUUGCGAAAAUUGGCCUUGCUUCCUACAUUGAGGAUGGAACAGAUGGGAAGCAAUAUGUUCACAAGAAGGUCAAGCAAGACUAAUGGCCAGCCACUUACGGACCACACAAAGGAAUUCUCGCUACCACUUAGACAAAAAUUAUUGGCCAACAUUAUCACACGGAAGCGAUCUUAUCAAAUGCGCAACGUGCUCACGCAAAAUAACGUGCCAUCAGGAAUUCCUGCGAAGUCUUUAGCAUCUGUACUCCAGUCGGAAACUGGGGUGCUGCGAAAUCUAGACAAGCCUGUUUCUAGCGUAAGACAAGUUCAAGCGGCGCACAUGAGACAAAGCAAUGCUGGGUUACAAGUAAACAGUCCCCCCACUGCGAAAGGCGAUAGAACGCAGAUAAAUGUAGGCAAUAUAGAACCGAGCGUACACUUGCGUGAAAAUACUUCUCACUCUAGUUAG